AUGAUAUCGUGCCGGCCAGGAAGUGAUUUGUCGGCUGUACGAUCCGGAAGUGCGGUUCUGCGGCAGACCGGAAGGGCACGGCGGCAAGUCCGAGAGGACGGUGCUGCAGCGACAGCCGAUGUGGCGUUGGAUAUGUCCAAUGAUGGGCAUAUAGCCAUAUUGCAACGCCGCGGAAGUGCUAGUCGACGUGCCGGCCGUGGAGGUGCGUGGAUUGAUGGAGGCGCACCCGUCGCCCAUCGAGUUUCCGCCGAACUAUCGCUUCGACCUGACUCCGUCCAGCGAGAGCCGGUGGCCCGGACGUGCCGGCCACGUGACCAGUACUGCGGCCCGGGGCAAUUGCACGUGCGUCAACAAGUGCUGCGACCCGGGAUAUAA